GACAAUGACAUCUUUAGAAAUUUGAAUUCCAUAUUAAAUUCAUUUAUUGUUUUUAUUUUUUUUAUAGUUUAUAAAAUUAAUUUGAAUAACUGUUCUAUUCUGUAAGCGUACCAUAGUCUAGUCAGCCCAUGGCAUCUUGUAUUCGUCUACAUAAUUUGUCCACUGUAUUAGUAGUAAUUUAACAAUAGAUAUUUCUGUUCUUUAGAUGUAAAAUUAACACAUUGGUGUUUACAUCUCGUCAUUACUAUUCGUCGCUAAAAUUUUGCUCUUGAUAAUUUCAAGUUCAAGGCUUAUACGAUGGGUUUAAAAAGCAAUGAAAUCUCACAAACUAAUUUAUAUGAUCGUGUAAAGAAGUUAUUAGUAUCUUUAGAAUGGAGUGAUUGUAAAUUUUCAGUGUCUGGAAAGGAUUUCAAAGCACAUAAGUUAAUUUUAGGUAUAAGUAGCCCUGUAUUUGAAGCUAUGUUUUAUGGACCACUGUCAAAUAAUAAGGAUGUUAUAAUAACAGAUAUAGAACCUGACAUAUUUCAAUUAGUACUUAAUUAUAUUUACACGGAUAAGGUUGACAUAUCUUCAGUGGAACAGGCCUUUGAAUUAUUGUAUGCAUCAAGGAAAUACCUUUUGCAAUCUUUAGUUGAGAUAUGUAUAACUUUUAUACAAGAAAAUAUUAGUAUUGACAAUGUAAUUGAAGUUCUUAAUUAUCCAGAAUACUUACAAGACAAACAGUUGAUUACAUACUCUUUAAAAUUAUUUUGUGAGCAUCCUAGUUAUUUAUUGCAUGAAUAUAAAAAUAUAAUAACACAUUCAUGUAUGAAAAUAAUACUUGAAGCUGAAGAAAUAAAUAUUAAGGAAAAAGAUCUGAUAAAACAUGUUUUUGAAUGGACUAUUUGCCAAUGUAAACAAAGUAAUAUAUAUUGUACAAUAGAAAAUAGACGUAACAUUUUAAUUAAUAAUGGUAUAUUUAAAUUAUUGAGGUUCUGUGCACUAACUAUAAAUGAUUUAGAAGAAAUAGUUAAAGAUACAAACAAUCUAUUGUAUCCAUUCGAAACUGAAUACAUUAUGGAAGUAAUUAAAAAAUCAGAAAAUAUAACACACAAUAAUAUAAUUAAUUUACUUAGUUCAAAUGAUAUUCCGAGAAGUUCAUUGAAACCACAGUGGUAUUUCUGUCACCGCAGUCCUUUAAGAUCAGUUGCACCUAUUGUAAUAGAUAUAAAUAAUUUUAUAGUGCAUACUAGAAUCAAAGUAAAUAAACCUAUAUUUGUUAAUUCACUAUGUAUACCUACUAGAAUGGCACCUGCAGUCACAUUUAGGAAUAAUACUCCAAAAUUGUACUCUGAGCAAUUGUCUAUUUCUGUAGUAUCAGAAUCAGAUAAUAAUGUAGUUAAAUUCACAAAUUUUAUGAACACUGUUGAAUAUGACUCGGUUGUGGAUAUAGAACUAAAUGAGCCUUGUCUUAUAAAAAAGGACAAAUGGUAUAAAAUCAGUUUCAUGUGGACACACAACAGAUUCACAUCUUAUUCAUAUGUUGUGGAAGUCAGGGAUAGAGUGUAUAAAAGUCACAAGAUCUUAGUGGAAUUUGAUGAUUCAUUAACAACAAAUGGAAGGUCGGGUAGUUUCUUAGGUGGAUUAAAAUUUUGUUUAUAAAUUAUAGUAUUUAAAUAAUGAGAAUAAUAUUUAUUAAAUAGUAUUAUUACAGUGUGUACUAAAUAUAUAGAUUUUAAACUUAUUUAAUCUACACAAUUUAUAAAAAUAUUAUGUUUAAAUAAAGCAAUAUAACAUAAGUAUACCAAUAUCUGUAUAUUGCUGUAUAUUUUACUACUCUUUGGUAUUGUUAUAUUAAUUGGAAGUUUAUAUGUGACUUAUAUAGUUCAUCAUUUCAUCCAUCAUCCGUUCACUGCUGGACAUAGACCUCCCCCCAUAGAUGACUAAUAUAGUUAUUAAAAAUUCUAUAAAAGUCAACAAAAUGCCUCGAGCGGAGUACUAUGUUGUUUUUCAAUUUAUGGUAACUAUGUAGAUAUCUGUUUAAUCUGGUGUUUAUUUUUAUUAGGCAAAAAAUAUAAUUAUUAAAUGAUUAUUUAUUUAUGUAACUAUAUACUUAUUUAUGUUAUUAAGAAUGUAAGAUUUAUUUUGGCCAUAUGUAUGAUGUUGGACAAUGUUAUAGGUAAGCAUACAAUAAAAUCAUAUUUAUUAAAGUCUGUACAAACAAGUUUUUUUUUUUUUCGAAAAGUAAAACUAGAAUAAAUAAAGAAAUGUCGCCCAAUAAGUUAUCUUUGGUUCCUAAUGAGAAAAUUACUAA